AUGUCCGACUCUAGUCCGCAACUCGGCCAAGAUACUGACGAUGCCCGCAAUCUACGAGAUCGCCUGGCUGAUAUCUUCCGCCAAAGACCUUUCGCCGCAACCGAUGAUUCGGGAUCACAGGGUGGCCAAGGCCUGGGAAUUACGAGCGAACCGGAUGUAAGAACCCGCCUUUUGGAGUCGUACGACCGUUCAGACCCUGCGUGCGGCGAAAGACGUUGCAGUCAUGGUACUUUCUCUCCGCACGUCGACGCGGCCGACAGAUUCGCAUAUAUGGGGUCCUCAAGCAGUCAUGUCGCAAUCAAUGGGGGUAGAGAAGGAAUGGCAUCCAGCCCCCUCCGCGGCGGUGAUGGUUGUCCGGAGUCUCACCAAGAUUCGGAAUAUGCGUCGCAAAUGAAAUCGUCCAUCUCCGCCCUCUCUAAUCACGAUUCUAAAAAACUUUACCUAUCCUAUUACAUUCCUUUCUUCAAUUGGAUUGGGCAGUACCGCUGGUCUUUUCUCCGUGGAGAUCUGGUAGCAGCAUUGACCAUCUCCUCUGUCUAUAUCCCAAUGGCCUUAUCCCUGGCCUCCAAUCUUGCACAUGCACCUCCAGUCAACGGUCUUUACUCCUUUGUCAUACACCCAUUGGUCUAUGCGAUCCUGGGAAGCUGCCCGCUUUUGGUUGUUGGACCAGAGGCGGCAGGCUCUCUGCUUACGGGAGCCAUUGUCAAGGCCAGCCUUACACCCGAAGACUCACCGGAAGAUAUACUGGUGAAGAGUUCUAUGGUGAUAGGAAUAGCAACCGCGAUGACGGGGGCUAUGAUUCUUAUUGCCGGAUUGACUCGUCUAGGAUUUCUGGAUAACAUGCUCAGUCGGCCCUUCCUCAGAGGUUUCAUUACAGCCAUUGGUUUCGUUAUUUUUGUGGACCAGCUUAUCCCGCAAUUGGGUCUUUCGGAGAUUGCAAAGGAAACCGGUGCUAGUCAUGGUACCACAGUUUCCAAAAUGACGUUCAUUGUUCGCAAUAUCGGUGAAAGCCAUGGCCUCACCGCCAUAGUUUCGCUCGUGAGCUUUGGCACCAUUAUGCUUUUCCGAACAUUGAAAAAGUUCAUGGAACCUCGUUUCCCCCAAGUGGUCUACUUUCCUGAUCGCUUUUUUGUCGUCUUACUAUCGGGAAUCUUGGCCUGGUCUCUUGGUUGGGAGGAGAAAGGUCUUGAACUGCUGGGAUCCACCGAGGUCACUGCAAGCCGCCUUUUCGCAUUCCAAUGGCCCUUCCAGAUGAAGUAUAUGGAGCACAUUCGCACUGCCAUGAGCAAAGCCUUUAUCAUUACACUACUUGGGUUCUUCGAGUCUUCAGUGGCAGCUAAGGGUCUGGCAGAUGUCAAGUCCGAUGGCAUUGAAGGUAUGCAAAUCAGUGCCAAUCGAGAAAUGGUAGCCUUGGGAGUUGCCAAUCUUGUGGGUGGGUGCUUCAUGAGCCUUCCAGCUUUUGGUGGAUACGGUCGAAGCAAGCUUAAUGCACAAACCGGUGCACGAUCACCCAUGAGCAGUAUCUUCGUUGCCAUAAUUACUCUCAUUGGCAUUCUGGUCAUUCUGCCAUACCUCUACUAUCUUCCGAAAGCGGUUCUUUGUUCUAUGAUAUCUGUGGUGGCAUUUUCUCUAGUUGAGGAAUGUCCUCACGAUUUGAUCUUCUUCCUGCACCUUCGUGGAUGGACCGAACUUGCGCUCAUGUUCCUCAUCUUCGUCACAACAAUUUUCUACUCUCUUGAGCUAGGCAUGGCACUUGGAAUUGGUGUUUCUGUAAUUAUCCUCAUCCGUCAUGCCACUCAACCUCGCAUCCAAAUUCUCGGAAGGGUAUCUGGUACUUCCGCCAAGUUUGCCAACGCCGAACUCCAGCCAGGGCACGUCGAGAUCGUUGAAGGUGCCUUGAUUGUCAAGAUUCCGGAACCCCUUACAUUUGCCAACACCGGUGAUCUCAAGAACCGACUGCGCCGCUUGGAGCUCUACGGCACUAGUCGGGCUCAUCCGUCUCUUCCUCGCAUGCGACCUGCCGAGUACAACAAGAACAUUAUUUUCGAUGUACACGGCGUCACGAGUAUUGAUGGUUCUGGUACACAAGUCCUCUAUGAGAUCGUGCGCGCCUAUACAGAGGAAGGGACAAGGGUUUUCUUCUGUCGACUACCCAAUGACCGUGUGUUCCGCAUGUUCGAGCUAAGUGGUAUUGUUGAGGAAUGUGGUGGUAUGACACACUUCGUUCCUAGCGUUGAUGAAGCCCUUCAAUUGGCAGAAUCAGAAGACCGGUGGGACGGAAAUUGA